UGAUUUUUCUCUCAUAUUUUGUUAUUUAAAAUUCUUAACCUCGCUUUUUUUCUACAGUGAUUGUAAUGCAUAAUGUAGUAUAUCUAUAAUUGUACUUUGAGAUAGAACUCUUAUUAAGUUGCCACUGAAUGCUAGUUGUUAAAUGAAUCUUUUGCCUUUCAGACAUUUUUAUUACUAUUCUAUUUCUCUUGACUAACAAUUUUGGUGUUUUUGGAUGUUAUGAAUUUUGACCUCUAGAUGUCAUGUUGAUUGUUGCUUCAUAGAGGUCAAUGGGAUUGUGUUAAUGGAUGAGAUUUUACUAUCAUAUGCUUUAUAUUGAAUCUCAAAAAUGGCAUUAUCACUUGUAAAUCGUUAUUAUUGUUAUAACCGGGUUAAUGAAAAGCAUUUUUACAUCAUUCUUUACAAUGAAUGCAGAUAUGCAAAGCCAACUCAUUUGUAGCGGAUGUAGGAGCAUUCUUCUUUAUCCUAGAGGGGCUACAAAUGUUUGCUGUGCAUUUUGUAAUACAGUUUCCCAAGUCCCUCCCCCCGGGAUGGGAAUGACUCAACUCAUAUGUGGGGGGUGUCGAACAUUGCUAAUGUAUGCAUGUGGAGCAACAAGUGUAAGAUGCUCUUGCUGUAACACCGUCAACCUUGCGACAGCACCAUCCAACCAGAUAGGUCACAUCAAAUGUGCUGUUUGUCAAUAUGUUACUAAUGUUGGCAUGGGCAAUGUAAGGUUUCCUCUCCCGGCAAGCAGACCAAAUGCCACAGGGACUAUACCAUCCACUUCGACAAGCCAAACAGUUGUCGUCGAGAAUCCCAUGUCUGUUGAUGAGAGUGGCAAAUUGGUGAGCAAUGUGGUGGUGGGCAUAACAACCGACAAAAAAUGAUCCAGUGGUGUGUGUUUUUUUAAUUAUUUUAUUUGUGGAGAAUG